AUGCUGACCACCGCCUGCGCGCGCGACGGCGUCGACGCGCGCCUGGCGCAGCUGCGGGAGUGGGGCUCGGAGUCUGAUGAAACCGGCGACCUCGACAUAGUGUGGGACGGCUGCACGGACGCGCCGAGCAGGCCGAGCAGCAGCAGCGGCGCGGGGCGCGUCCCCCGCAGCAACGAAGGCGGGCUGAGUGCGCGUUUGGGCGCGUCAGCCAUCGGCGGCACGCUGCCGUCGUCACAGCAGGAGGUGCAGCAGCAGCGGGCGAGCGGCGACUCGGGGCACGCGCCGCGGCUUGGGGCGCCAGGCCGCCAGGCGGCGCCGAUGGUUCUGAACCUUGAGGACCCUGCCUGCAGCAGUGAGGAGGUGCUUGAGCUGGAGCUGGGACGCCUUGGGCUGGUGCAAUUGCGUGCGCUGCAUGACGGGCUGGCGGCAGUGGCGGGGCUGACGGUGUAA